CUUAUUUUUUUUUUAAUUUUUAAUACAAUGUCUUUGGAUAUCACUCAAGAGGAAUUUAGUGACUUUGAUGAAAACUAUGAUGAUUAUGAUGAUUAUCUUGAAGAUGAAUUGAACGAUGCUGAUAUGUGGGAUACAGCUACUGGAGAUUUCACCAAACAAUACAAUAAACUUAAACAACAAAUGACACCUACAAACAAUACAACUCAACCUACUCCUGCUGCAAAUACCAAAAAAAUGACUAUUAAACCUACCAUUACAAAUGAAGAACUUGAAACUAAAAAGAAAAUGUUAGAUUCUCAAAUGGAAACUUUGGGUCGUUUUGCUAGUCGAAUUCAUGUUGAUCAAUAUGUACCUCCUCGUAUCUCUGCCUCAGUUGCCAGUGAUAUCAAACUUAGUAGCAAGAAAGCCAGUGGCGAUAAAACCACACAAAAAGACAAGGCGGAUCGUGCUACAGUAGAACAAGUAUUGGAUCCUCGUACUCGUAUUAUUCUCUUCAAAAUGUUGAAUCGUGGUAUCUUUUAUGAAAUCAAUGGUUGUAUUAGUACUGGAAAAGAGGCAAACGUAUAUCAUGCAUCAACAGAAGAUGGACAACAUCGAGCCAUCAAAGUAUAUAAAACUUCUAUUUUGACAUUUAAAGAUCGUGAUCGAUAUGUGACAGGUGAAUAUCGUUUCCGUCAUGGUUACAGCAAAUCCAAUCCAAGAAAGAUGGUCAAGGUUUGGGCAGAAAAAGAAAUGCGUAACUUGCGUCGACUUCAUCAAGCUGGAAUUCCUUCUCCUGAAGCUCUGGUUUUACGUAUGCAUGUUUUGGUUAUGGAGUUUUUAGGUGACAAGAAUGGAUGGGCUUAUCCAAGACUAAAAGAUGCUCAAAUUGAAACUUCCCGGUACCCCAAAUUAUACUAUCAAUUGAUCAAGAAUAUCCGUACAAUGUAUCAAGUUUGUAAAUUGGUCCAUGCUGAUUUAUCAGAAUAUAACAUCUUGUAUCAUUCUCGUACUUUAUAUAUCAUUGAUGUAUCACAAUCUGUUGAACAUGAUCACCCACAUGCGUCUGAAUUCUUACGAAAAGAUCUGUCCAAUGUCACUGACUAUUUUGCAAAAAAAGGUGUACGUGUGAUGAGUCUGAUGGAUUUAUUCCAAUUUGUUACGGAUAUCUCGUUUGGAAAUGAAGAACAUGUUGUGGAUGAAGCUCUGGAAAAAAUUCAAAUGAAAUUAAAUGCCAAUCCAGAAAAGGAUCGAAACACGAUGGAAGAAGACAUUUUUAUGAAGUCCUAUAUACCUCAAACUUUGAAUGAAGUCAUUGACGUUGAACGUGAUACUCUUCUUAUUGCCGAAGGUGAAGGAAAGGAUCUUGUCUAUUCAAAUCUAUUGGGACAAUCCAACUUCACUGAUCAAAUUGAAAAGGUAGCAUCCAUCACAUCAUCUAUAGACAAAGUGACUAUCACGGAACCAUCACAACAAGAUAUCAAUGAACUCGACAAUGAUCAAAAAGAUAAAUUGGAUAAUACGCAACAAGAUAAAAGUGAUAAUGAUGAUGAUAGUGACGACGAUGACGACGAUGACGAUGAUGAUGAUGGUACUGAUGAUGAUGAUGGAAAAGGUCGAACCAAGGUGCUCAAGGGCAAGAAAAACGAAGACAAGGAGAGCAAGAAAGAACGUAAGCAAAAGGCCAAGGAAGAAGCACGGGAAAAACGCAAACACAAGUUACCCAAAGCUGAAAAGAAACGAAAAAUCAAGACAAGUAGAAAUAAGAAAAAGUAGAUAGAUAGAUUAUUUAAGUGUAGUAUCAUCAUUUAAAAUUUGUAUUCAUCACAAUUGUAAUAAAAAGUACUCAUUUUCUGUU